UUUUAACUCGGAAAGUCCCUAUAAUUUGGUUUUGUUACGCUGUUGGUCCCUAGCCGACUUAAAAUGGCUGAUAUACCCUUAUAUAAUGUUUUAAUUGGUUUGGCCCACUCUUUCUCUAGUAUCAGUAAAGAAUGAAAUGAAAACCUAAUCCAUCGGACCAACAUCAGUUUCCCUUCCUCCUUUUCUUCUCUUUCCAGCGCCACCUCCCCUGUUCCACUGAAAUCGCUGCCGUCGACGAGUAGAAACUUCAAACAAUCGUUUGACGAUUAUAUUCAAGGGAAAGAUGUUGCUAACUCUUCCUUCCGAUCAUCUUCCCCCUUUUACCCUAAACCAGUGAACCACCCAACCAUCAUCUGUCGCAUUUCUCCUCUAAACCAACGACACCCACAACGCACCUUAAGUCCAUGGCACUGAAGCCAACAAGAAGAAGCAACUUAUUGCAAGGGACCCAACGUCCGACUUUUAACGACCACAUCAACCAACAAUUUCUGGGUUUUGAUUUCUUCACUAGAAUUUUAAUCUAAGGUUUAAAAUGGCAGACCAUGGUGAACCUGUGACGACGAGAAAUCAAAUGUUUCGAGGAGAACAUGUGAUGGGGAACAACUGGAAGCUUCAAGUUAGAUCCAUCCGAUCCACAAAAAUGGCAAAACCAAAGGGAAAAAUUUGAUGCAGCUGCGGUGAAUCAUGAGUCCCCUUUGUUAAAUUGUUAAAUCUCAAAUCUUUUUUUUUUUUGUAACAAUUUUGUAAUUACCGAUCAAACUAUCGAGUGUUAAUAGAAUAAACUGGUCUCGUGUGUUGAUUCACUUGGGAUUGUAUGUGGGAUUUUUGUAUCUGCAACCUUUGCAUCAACGAUUUUGGUUUUGGAUUUGAGGUACGAGUUCGAUUUUAGAUGUAUUUCAACUUUAUUGUUGAACUUUACAUAGAUUUAUGGCUGGAUUUGUGUUUAGUUUGUGAUGAUUUAUGUGGUAUCGAAUUUGUGGCCGGAGUUGGUGCAGAGAACUGGAUCGAUGGCCGGAGAUGGUGCCAGGAAGGGAAGAUGAUUUAGGUGGGGUGGACCGAAAAGGGACCUGUUUGUAAAUUUGGAUGAAAUAUGACCGCGAGUUCGUUUAAAAAGGAGCAUUCUGCAACCUUCCUGCCUGUUCUAGAGGUUCCUUCCCAACUGUUUUCAAAUUUCAUAGCUCCCACAAAAUCGCUUUUUUCUGUGUACUUCCUCCAUCAAUUAGCAAACUCGAAAGAAGAUUAUUAACAGAGACAUUAAACGAUUCAACAGUAAUGGAUGUGAGGUCUGUUGUUGAAGCUGUUUCUACCGAUGAUGACGACGCUCCAUUGUACCAGGUUGAGAGCCUCUGUAUGCGAUGCGGUGAAAAUGUAAGUUUGUAUGCGAAUACACAUGUGUGAAGAUGAUCACAGUGGAAGUUCUUUGAUGCUGAUAUAGACUUCAAUUGCAUUGAGUGACAGGGGAUAACGAGAUUUCUAUUAACCUUGAUUCCACACUUUAGGAAGAUCUUGUUGUCAGCCUUUGAGUGUCCUCAUUGUGGCGAGAGGAACAAUGAGGUGCAGUUUGCCGGUGAGAUACAACCCCGAGGUUCUUGCUAUCGCUUGGAAUUCUCAUCAGAUGCUUAAUCGUCAAGUAGUGAAAUCCGAAACAGCCACAAUUAAGAUACCUCAACUUGAUUUUGAGAUUCCUCCCGAGUCACAACGUGGAUCUCUAUCAACGAUUGAAGGAAUUUUGGCCCGAUCUGCUGAUGAAUUACAAGCACUUCAAGAAGAAAGAAAGAAAGUUGAUCCUCAGACUGCUGAAGCUAUAGACAAGUUCAUAUUAAAACUAAGAGCAUGUGCAACAGGGAAUUCAUCUUUUACCUUCAUAUUAGACGAUCCUGCUGGCAACAGCUUUAUAGAGAACCCGUAUGCUCCAUCCAUGGAUCCAUCAUUAACUAUUGAUUUCUAUGAGAGAACUCAUGAUCAACAAGCCUCACUUGGAUAUCUUGUUGACCAAUCACAAACAAGAGAACAUGAAAAUGAUGAAUCAUCAAACAAAAACAAUCAAACAUCUCAACCCCACGGAUCAGUUGGAGCAGUUGCUGGUAGGCGAGCUAUUGCUCAGGGUAACACUGCAGAAUUUGCUGAAACUCUUUUUCGCUAUACUGCACCAGAAGAGGUGAUGACAUUCCCAUCAACAUGUGGUGCUUGUGCUGUUAGAUGUGAGACUCGGAUGUUUGUGACAAAGAUUCCAUACUUCCAAGAAGUGAUUGUGAUGGCAUCUACUUGUGAUGCUUGUGGCUAUAGAAAUUCUGAGCUGAAGGCAGGUGGUGCUAUACCUGCAAAAGGAAAGAAAGUCACACUGAUUGUGAGAAAUGUUAAUGAUUUAAGCCGUGAUGUCAUAAAGUCAGACACUGCAAGUGUAAAAAUCCCGGAGAUUGAUUUGGAGCUUGCAGGUGGCACUUUAGGAGGCCUUGUGACAACUGUCGAAGGUUUAGUCACCAAAAUCAACGAAAGUCUUGAGAGAGUACACGGGUUCACUUUUGGAGAUAGUCUGGAUGAGGAUAGAAGAAGCAAAUGGCUCGACUUCAAAGCCAGGCUCCUCAAGCUUCUGAAUAUAGAAGAACCUUGGACACUGAUCUUAGAUGAUGCCCUGGCAAACUCUUUCAUUGCACCAACAACUGAUGAUAUUAAAGAUGACUUUCAGUUAAUUUUUGAUGAAUACGAGAGAUCAUGGGAACAGAACGAGGAGUUGGGAUUGAAUGACAUGGACACCUCUUCUGCUGAUGUGGCAUAUGCUUCAUGAAAUCAGAUGGCUUGUAUCAUAAUUAAGUUUGUGUCAUUUGUGUUUUUCAAGACUUUUUACCGUAAACUUAACGCCUAACUACUUUUGUCUUAUUAUUUAAGAUUUCACAACCGACUGAUUUUAGGCCAUAAUUUAUACUAGUUAUUUAUAUAAGAAAAUAAGAGAUUCGAGUU